CCCAGGAAGGAUAAACCUUAUUCAGUUCUUCUUCAUCUCUCACUCGCUGGCUGUCCCGCCCGAACCAGAGUUACAAGAAAGCCUCUGCCUUCCAUUCGCAAGACAUUUAUUAAUUAAGCCUCCUCCGUUACCUUUAUUACCAUCUUAGAACAGCUGCUUUCCCUUCGAACUUGUUUCCAGAGGGAGAGAAGGAAUUCCAUGAUUUCUCCAAAUUUGGAGUCUCCUGAAUCUGGGUAUUGGUUAUAAAAUAUUAGUGAGCAAUGCUGCAAAGAACUUCAGUUUCCCAAAUUUUCAGCAGGGCAUCAUCGCCUCUCUUGUUAAUGGUCACUACAAGAAGAAUCCCGCUGAUUUCAUUUCUCCAGUGUAGCUAUCAUACUUUACGCCGUCCUUCGAUUUUCUCAUACCAUCAUCAUCCAUUUGCUCUACCUGUGAAAUUCACUAGUAGAAGAGCGGAAUUUUGUAGCUUGAUAUCUUCGGCAGCAGCACGCAUCCAUGAGUCGUCACCAACAGUGACUACCAGGGUUUCUGGUAGAGAAACGAAAGCACAGAGGAAAGCUGCCCGGAAUUCGCCUGAGGGGCAGCUUCGUGUGAAGAUCGACAUGUGCUCGAAAUCUGGAGACCUAACUGAGGCACUACGCCUGUAUGACGAGGCAAGGAGGGAUGGCAUCCCGGUUACCCAGCACCUUUACAAUGUAUUGCUGUAUUUGUGCUCUUCUUCUAAUGCGGGUUCCUUCUCUGAUUUGGGUUUGAAGAGGGGAUUUGAGAUAUUUCAGCAGAUGGUGAUUGAUAAAAUUGAUCCUAAUGAGGCUACUUUUACAAAUGCAGCUAGGCUUGCUGCGGGUCUAGAAGACCCUGACAUGGCAUUUGAUUUGGUUAAGCAAAUGAAGGAUUUCGAUAUCCCUCCAAAAUUGAGGUCAUAUGGCCCAGCCUUAUUUGGCUACUGUGAGAAGGAGAUGGCGGAAAGAGCUUAUGAAGUUUAUCUACACAUGAAUGAAACUGGUGUAGUGGCUGAAGAGGCGGAGCUUUCUGCACUUUUGAAAGUGAGUUCUCAUGCAGGGAAGGGAGAUAGGGUGUAUGAGAUGAUUCAUAGGUUGAGAGCCACAGUCAGACAAGUUGCAGAUUCAUCUAUGGAGAUUAUUGAAGAUUGGUUUAAAUCUGAGGGCGGGGGGAAGAUUGGUUUAGGGAAAUGGGAUGAGAGGAAGGUAAGGGAAGGAAUUGUGAAGGGAGGUGGAGGGUGGCAUGGACAAGGGUGGUUAGGGAAUGGCCCGUGGAGAGUGACGAGAACUCAAGUGGAUGAUGAAGGUGUUUGUCGAGGUUGUGGGGAGAAGCUUGUUUGCAUUGAUAUCGAUCCAAGAGAGACAGAACAUUUUGCUAGCGCAUUGAGUAGCUUGGCCUGCAAGAAAGAGGUCAAAUCAGAUUUCAUCCGCUUCCAGGAGUGGCUCCGCAGGCAUGGUCCAUUUGAUGCGGUUGUAGAUGGAGCUAAUAUAAGUUUGAUCAACCAGCAGCAUUUCAACUUCCACCAGCUUAAUAAUGUUGUGAACCAAUUGCGUGAAAUGAGCCCAUCAAAGAGAUUUCCACUUAUUAUUUUGCAUAAAAGCCGUGUGACUGGAGGUCCUGCUCAACAUCCGAAGAACCAGGCACUGUUAGAGAGAUGGGUGAAGUCUGGUGCACUUUAUGCUACACCUCCUGGUUCAAACGAUGAUUGGUACUGGUUAUAUGCUGCUGUCAGUUUUAAGGGUUUGUUAGUCACCAAUGAUGAAAUGAGAGAUCACUUGUUCCAAUUACUCGGAACAUCUUUCUUUCCGAGAUGGAAGGAGAAGCAUCAGGUUCGAUUGUCGGUAUCAACAUCUGGGCUCAAAUUACACAUGCCGCCUCCUUAUUCAAUUGUUAUUCAGAUGUUGGGUUUGGGAUACUCAAUGGACGAAUUGCUAAAGAACCACCUUUUCGCAACUCAUGCCAUUGCUGGUGCAGGCUCGGUGGCAUUAGGCACUGCACUAACUUACCCUCUUGAUACAAUCAAGGUCCUUACCCAGGUUGGUUCAAGUUCUAAUAAGCAGUUGACUCCACUUUCAGUUUUAAGAAGAGUUCAAGCUCUGUCUGGAAACUCAGGUGUAUACAGUGGAUUGGGUUGGUUGACUUCAGGCAGAAUUGUUGGUCUCGGUACUCGCUUUGGCGUCUAUGAAAUUUUGACAGCAUUCUAUAAAGAUGGUCGAGAGGACAACUAUGUAUAUGUUCACGAGGCCCUCAUGGCAGGCAUGGCAGCUGGUGCCUUGGAGUCACUCACAAGCUCUCCAUUCGAAUUUGUCAAACUUCGUGCUCAAGUGACCUCCGCUUCUUGUGCUCGAACUUCUACACCCUCUACAGAAUCUAGAUCCGUGGGACCCGUGAUUUCCAAACUAUUACGUGGAUACACUCCUGACGUAAAAGCGCUGAGCCAUUCGACUGCCCUUCUAUCUACGCUAUCCACCAAGCACCCAGACCUCGUCGGUGCACUGAGAGAGCAUCCAUGGAUGAUGACUGGCUCUGGGAGGCCACCGUCAGUUAGCGAUGUUAGUAAACCAUCGCAUGUAAUCUCAUUAGAAGGAUGGAGUGCUUUCUGGAGAGGCAUUCGAUCUGGAAUUGUUCGAGAUUCUGUAUUUGGUGGGACGUUCUUUUGCACGUGGCAGUUCCUUCACCGGGCAAUGCUCGACUGGAAAGCAGUCGGGAUGGUUCCUGAACCCAGGUUUGACGAUGAGAUUGGGCCGCUGUCACCAUUAGCCGUCAGUGCUGCUGCUGGGAUUUCAGGAUCAAUUGCUGCUGCUGCCUCUCAUUGUUUCGACACAGCAAAAUGUCGGUUCCAAUGUACCGUGCUGCCCAAGUAUCUUAGAUACGAAAGGGCGCUGUUGAAAUGGCGUCGGCCAGGGACAAGAUUCGAGAGAGCCACGGGAAUCCACCCUGCAGAUAGAAACGUUCUAUUCCGAGGAAUCUGGCUGAGGAUGGCUCGCAGUGGGGUCGCGUCGUUUGUUAUCAUAGGAACGUAUUAUUUGGCUGUUGAUCAGCUCCUUUCUUGAUGAACCACAGAUGAACAUUAAGCAUAUGCCAAAUAUUGAGCAGGUUUUGCUUGUCCUUAGUUUUUACCGCCUUAUUUAAAGCACUGCAAGUAAUUAUUGGUAGAAAGGCCAUAACUUUUUGGCAGUGCAGUUCAUCACAACGUUGAAAGAGAUGCUGUAAAAUUUAGCAACUCUUUUGUUCCUGGCUUCUCCAACUUCUGUAUUCGAUUAUUUGAAGAUAUACUGAAUUGCUGAUGUUCUGUUAAGUUCACUGUUGCUCCUUUCUUGCAU